AUGGUUUUGAUUGAAGUACCCCACAAUAAAUGUGGUACUUUGCCAAAGAACAACCUGAGGUUGGUCGACAUCAAUAAAAUCGCAUUCACUCUAGGUACCAGUUUGUGUAAUGCUCUACCAGCAUUUCACGCCUUCACAGGUUGUGACUACACAGCCUUAUUUGCCAGAAAAGCAAAGCUGACUCCUUUCAAAUCACUAGAGAAGAGCAAAAAGUUCCAAGAAGCUUUCAGUAGAAUGGGAGAGAAUAUAGAAGAAUACGUUUGCGAAAUUUAUGGGAACCGAAAAUUAUCCAGCGUCAAUAAGGCUCGGUUCGAAAUUUUCUGGGAUUGCUACAAGCUAAAAUCGAAUCAAUCUCCUUUCGGGGGUAUCAAGAAUUUUGAGGCCAGUCGUAUCCCUCCUUGUAAGGAUACAUUGAUUUGCAAAAUACGACGUACAAAUCAAAUUGCAGCUAUUUGGAAAUUUGCUUUCAGUGAGAAACCAAAUUUCUUUAACCCGGAAGGAAAUGGAUGGGUUAAAGAAGGCGGCGAAUAUAAAAUGAAUUGGUUCAAGAGCGGACAAUUUCCGCGAAACCUAAAUGAAGUACUGGUAGCUGCCGAUGAUUCAAGUGAACUUGAAUCUGAAGACGCUCACAGUAGCGACGAUGAUGAGUAG